UGGAGGAGCGACAGCGGCGGCGCACGGAGACAGACGAGGGGAAACUUGUUCGCUUGAAUCUAGGAGGACUUUUUUGGUCCAGUUUUUGCUUUUUAUACGUAUUGCAUGGCACUUUUUUGCCGGGACUGUUGAUCUCCUUCGUCUGUGGCUGGAUUGCUUUGAGCUGAAUGAGAAGCAGCGGUCGGAGGAAAGAGACCGGGGGACAGACGAGCGCGUACGCCGGGAUCCGAGCGAGGGGUCCGGGCUUGGCUGCGCGUCUUUGCGCGGUGGAGUGCUGGUGCAUGCUGCGCUGUGGUUCUUCCCCGACCUGAUUCACCAGCGGGGUUAUUAAAAAAAAAAUCCCAUUCAUUUCAACAGGGAACCAUCUCAUUUUUUUUUCUUUUUGGAAGUGGCGGAGGACUGGAUGCGGGUCUUGGAGCUCCAUAAGACGCAGGAUUACCUCCCGCUUCUGGCUUCAGUUACCGGACUAUAGACCGUCAAUCCGGGGUCUCUUUUUUGUUGCCUUCUGGAGAGGACAUGCCACCACCGGCGCGUGAGAGUGGAGCGCAGCCGGCUGAGGAGCUUGGAAGCCGGUGCUGAACGACACCAUGCCGGCCACCGAAACCUUCUUUUUAAAGUGACUUAAUUCGCCGUUUUCAGAAGCCUUUUUGUGGAGUUCGAUUUUUUUAUACCCUUAACUUUAUUUUUGGGAUCUACAACAAGGAUGCAUUGUGGAUUAGUUUUGUUCCUGUUCAUGGGAAUCCUCUUGGUGGCCAAGGCUUUCAAAAACGACAAAUGUGGCGGUAACAUCAGAAUAUCAUCCGCCAACUACCUCACUUCGCCAGGAUACCCCAUGUCCUACACCCCAUCCCAGCGGUGUGUCUGGGUGAUAACUGCUCCCGGUCCACACCAGAGAAUCCUCAUUAACUUCAACCCACAUUUCGACCUGGAGGACAGGGAGUGCAAGUAUGACUAUGUGGAAGUCAGGGACGGCGUGGAUGAAAGCGGUCAGCUCGUGGGGAAAUACUGCGGCAAGAUCGCCCCCUCUCCUGUCGUCUCCUCAGGAAACCAGCUCUUUAUAAAGUUCGUGUCCGACUACGAGACGCAUGGAGCAGGUUUCUCCAUACGCUAUGAAGUCUUUAAGACAGGUCCAGAAUGCUCCAGAAAUUUUACGUCCAACAGCGGUGUCAUAAAGUCCCCCGGAUUCCCGGAGAAGUACCCCAACAAUCUCGACUGCACUUUUAUGAUCUUUGCCCCAAAGAUGUCGGAGAUCAUUCUGGAGUUUGAAAGCUUUGAGCUGGAGCCUGACCCGACGCCCCCAGCUGGUGUGUUCUGCCGCUAUGACCGGCUAGAGAUCUGGGAUGGUUUCCCUGGAGUUGGUCCAUACAUUGGGAGAUUCUGUGGACAAAACACCCCGGGCAGGAUCAUCUCCUACACCGGCAUCAUGGCCCUGACAAUCAACACUGACAGCGCCAUCGCGAAAGAGGGCUUCUCAGCAAACUUCACCGUCAUUGAAAGGACGGUUCCAGAAGACUUUGACUGUAGCGAUCCUUUGGGAAUGGAAUCCGGAGAGAUAACUGCUGACCAAAUCAUUUCCUCAUCCCAGUAUAAUCCCAGCUGGUCCUCAGAGCGCUCUCGACUCAACUACUAUGAGAAUGCGUGGACCCCUGCAGAGGACUCAAACAAGGAGUGGAUACAGGUCGAUCUGGGUUUCCUCAGGUUUGUCUCAGCCAUCGGUACCCAGGGCGCCGUUUCCCAAGAGACCCGGAAAAUUUACUACGUCAAAGCCUACAAAGUGGAUGUCAGCUCGAAUGGGGAGGACUGGAUCACGUUAAAGGAGGGCUCCAAGCAAAAAGUUUUUCAAGGUAACACCAACCCAACAGACGUUGCCAAGACAAUGCUGCCCAAACCGACGCUGACGCGGUUCAUACGGAUCCGUCCUGUUUCCUGGGAAACAGGCAUCGCACUUCGCUUUGAGGUGUACGGCUGUAAGAUAUCAGAGUAUCCGUGCCACGGCAUGUUGGGUAUGGUGUCGGGUUUGAUCACGGACAACCAGAUCACCGCGUCCUCUCACACCGACCGGAGCUGGGUACCGGAGAACGCCCGGCUGCUGACCAGCCGGACCGGGUGGACGCUGCUGCCUCAGCCCUUCACCAGCGAGUGGCUGCAGGUGGACUUGGGCGAGGAGAAGGUGGUGAAAGGCCUGAUCAUCCAGGGAGGGAAGCACCGCGAGAACAAGGUUUUCAUGAAGAAGUUCCGACUGGGCUACAGCAACAACGGCUCCGAUUGGAAGAUGGUGCAGGAUGUGACCGGGAGCAAGGCGAAGAUAUUCGAAGGCAACAGCAACUAUGAUACUCCGGAGCUGAGGACAGUGGACCCCCUGCUGACCCGCUACGUCCGAAUUUACCCAGAUAGAGCGACUCCUGCUGGGAUGGGCCUGCGACUGGAGCUGCUCGGCUGCGAGAUUGAAGCUCCGACGGUACCUCCCCCCACCACCACGGUCCCCACCACGACACCGUCGGACGAGUGCGAUGACGACCAGGCGAGCUGCCACAGUGGCACAGGUGAUGACUACGAUGUGACAGGUGGACCCACAAUGCCAGAAACUACGACUGUGGAGGUGGAUACAAUCCCAGCUUUUCUGUGGUUUGCCUGUGAUUUCGGCUGGGCCAACGACCCGUCCUUCUGCAGCUGGACUUCAGAGAACACCGGCUCAAGAUGGCAAAUCCAGUCAAGCGGCACCCCGACUCUUAACACCGGGCCCAACAUGGAUCACACAGGUGGUUCAGGUAACUUCAUCUACACCUUGGCGACCGGUCUUCAGGAGACGGAGGUGGCGCGGCUGGUCAGCCCAGUGGUCAGCUCCCCAGACUCAGACCUGUGCGUGUCAUUCUGGUACCAUAUGUUUGGCUCGCACAUCGGCACGCUGCACAUCAAGCAACGCAAACAGACGGUGGACGGACCCGCUGACAUCUUGCUGUGGACGGUCAGCGGUCACCAGGGUAACCGCUGGAGAGAAGGUCGGGUCCUGGUGCCGAGCACAAAUAAGCCCUAUCAGGUGGUGAUCGAAGGGCUGGUGGAGAGGAAGAGCUGGGGAGACAUCGCUGUGGACGACAUUAAAGUUCUGAAUGGCCUCAGCGUGGCGGACUGUAAAGACCCAGACGUGCCCACUGAACCGAUGCUACCGGAGGACGACUUCCGUGAAAUCAUUGAGGACAUCACUGAAUACCCAGACUUCGUGGAAACCAACCAGAUCAGCGGCGCGGGAAACAUGUUAAAGACACUGGACCCCAUCCUCAUCACCAUCAUCGCCAUGUCAGCUCUCGGGGUGUUCCUGGGCGCCAUCUGCGGCGUGGUCCUCUACUGCGCCUGCUCGCACGGAGGCAUGUCGGACAGGAACUUAUCAGCCCUGGAGAACUAUAACUUUGAGCUGGUGGACGGCGUCAAGCUAAAGAAGGACAAACUAAACGUACAGAGCUCGUACUCGGAGGCGUGAGGGGCGCCAGAGCUCACGCUUAGGAUUCGAUGACGCGCACGGAGCCCGCACAAGACUGGCUGUACAAUCCUCUCCAUGCGUGGGCAGACUCAAACGACUGCCUUCCUCUUGAGCGAGAGAGGGGACACGUUCAGGAACCAGUGGGAGGUUUGGACUGAUACAUGCUUUUCUCAGGAGCUGCAGAAAAAAAACAGAAGAAAAAAAAAACAACAAUAAUCCCACCAGUAGGGGUCACUGUGUACAAAAUAAAAUAAAUAUGUACAGAUGAUUUAGAUGAUAUUUUAAUUUUCUAUUUUGAUUUUCAUUCAUUUUUACAAUCGGAUGCUGGUUAUUGAGACCAAUUUAUGAGAAAAAAAUAUACAGUUUCCAGGAAGGAUUUUUAUUAUCAGUUGGUGAAGUUCCGAAAGUGAUCCGACAUGAACCAUAUCCGGCAAAACUGUAGAUUUGCCCAACGUUGUGGCAUACAGGGUGUGCUCAUUUCCCACGGCUCUCGCCCCUUCCCCCUCCCCUCACAUCCCCGCAAACAUGAGCAUCCCCACCAUGACAAUGUAUGCUUCUGACAGUGCCUUUAGUCCAUCCAGCUUGUUGACCUGCUCCACUUCAGUUCUGAUAGCAGAAAACAGGAAAUUCUCAUCCAUACCUGCAAAUCGUGGAUCUUCAAAUCCAUCCCAGCGCUUUGUUUUGUGUUUCUUGUUUCUGUCCUCACAGUGUAAAUAACUUUAAUAUAUUUUAUUGCCCUUUUUUAAAGAAAGUAAAAAUGGAGAAAAAAAAAUGCAGUAUUCCUUUUUGUUUUCUCCCCAGCCGUUGUGUGUGCGUGUAAAUAUGAUGUAAGCUUUUCAUGACCUCUGAAGCUGCUCAGAUGGUUCGUGAGACGGUGUCUAGAGUUUAGGUCCAACCAUUGAAACACUGAAGGGAAAGGUGAGAGAGUGAGUCUUUUAAUCUCUCCACAAAGGGCUUUCACAUGUCUUUUAGAUGUUCAGAAUGUGACAUUCACUCUUCUGGGUCUCCUGUAAUCUCUUUGAACCUAACACACCUUAAAUGGAGGUUUUGGGCUAUUGUUACCUUAAAGUAUGAGGCAAAAGGAAUCAAUAGCUUCAUGACUGACUCAAUGCUUUUGGGGAUUCAUGAAGCAGCAUCUAAAAAUGAUGUGAGGUUUCAUUCGUCAAACUAAUGUAAGAUUUUAGAGCAGAAAGUGACUUCUGUAGUCCUCUCAAAAUCAGAACAGUUUCAUGAAGCCUCAUAAGCCCAUGGCCAGUGAUGUGUCCUCAUUCUCAGAUCUCAGUAGGUGGCGGUCUCCGUUUGAAAAUGUUCAACUCCAAUGAUUUUAGAGCAGAGAGUGGCAUCUUGUGGGCUCUGAAAAUGAAGACACUGCUUCAUGAAGCCUCAUAAGCCCACCGCUACCUGUCAGUAACUAUUAUCUCUAAAUAGGGCUGAAGAGGUCUCAUGGUAAUUUGGGGACAUUAUGGUGUUAGUGGAUUGCAAAAGAAGCCAUGCUUAUGAUGCCAAAAGAACAAGUAGAGUCAAAAGGGCAUUUUCCCAUCGCUUCAUUCCCAGCCUCACUUAUGGUCUCACAACACUGAGUGCAGAAUGAAAUCGAAAAACCAAUGUCCCCAAAUUGAAGUUCCUGGGGUCGUGUC